AUGACUGAUCGGGCUUUGCCGGCGUCGGAGACAGUUCCGACGACUGCGAGGGGUAAUGAUGCUGCGGCGGUGACAUCGUUCGGACCUGGCUUCCGAUUUCAUCCAAGCGAUGAAGAACUCAUUAGCUACUACUUGACGAAGAAGGUUAAGGAUCCGAGUCAGAGCAAACCCAUGAGUUUCGAUUGGAUUGGGGAAGUCGAUGUUUACAAGCACGAUCCCUCUGACUUACCAGGGCAUUCGAAGCUGAAGACAAAGGACCAAGAAUGGUUCUUCUUCAGUUCCUUGGAAAAGAGGUACAUAAACAGUGAUCGAAUGAACCGAGCAACAAAGGAAGGCUACUGGAAAAAAACUGGAAGGGACAGAAAAAUCAAGAGCGGACAAAAGCUAAUCGGUAUGAUCAAGAGUCUUGUGUUUCACCGUGGCCGUGCUCCAAAUUGUCUGCGAACCAAUUGGGUGAUGCAUGAGUAUCGCCUCGUUGAAAACAAGCAAGGCCUUGAGACAGAUGCGUAUGUGCUGUGCAGACUGUUCCGCAAGGGAAACGACUUGGGACCUGGUGGCUGCAUAUAUGCGCCCUUCUCGGAACAAGAUUGGGAUGAUGAUGUUGAUGGUGGAAGAGCUCCUGUUCCAAGCGUUGUGCAGGCCAAUAGAAGCAACGAGAUUCCUCAGGAAAACCACUCGCAGAGCAAGAGCCUCAUUGACCUCAACGAGCCCGCCUACUUUGAGAUCCAUGACGAUCCAAAAAUAGUUGAUCAGGACGAUAAUAAUGAGCCACUGACGCAAGCACUUUGUGUCGUCAACAAAGAAGUUCCAUUUCCUCUCAUGAUCAAAUACAAACGCAAGCGCCAAAUCGACUCUAUUGGAAGCUACAAUAACUCAAGCCAAACCACUCAUCAGAACCAUUGUUCCUCCACGCUGGAAGUGAGCGAACCAGAACCAGUUGCUAAAAUGGUACCUACAAGUUCCUCCUCCACCGAGCUGAUCAACCAUUUGCAGAAGGAGAAGCAACAGAUGGCUGUGGAGGGAGAGACGUAUAAGCUUCAGAUGACGAAUGCAGAAAUGACGAUAAGCUUUCUUCAGGCAGAGAUUAAUAAACUGCGUGUGGAAAAUGAGGAGCUGAAGAAGAGCAACAGCAACAAGUGA